ACCAAUUUGUUUUCCUAUACCGUUUGUAAACAGGCCGGGGACGCCUGUGCUUAGAGAGACUUCUUGUCAGUGAAAAGUCAGUGUUUAGCGUCGAAUUUGAACUUACUGUUUAGAACAUGGUCUACCUACAUUUUCCUUCUAAUAAAACAGAAGAGGAGUUAAUGUUACAGGCAAAAUACGCGAAAUUAAAGAAAAAGAAGAAAGCUGUCCAGGCUUUAAAAUCACCUCGUCCAGAGCCAGAGAGGACACCACAAACACCAAAGCGACCAGCUGAGGCUAGAGAUGCAAGAGAAGUGGCAAAGAAGCUCCUGAAGUCAGGUGCAAUAACUGCUAUACCAAAAGCUCCUCAAAGGCCAGAACAGGCUGGAUUUAAAAGACCAAGAAAUCUCAAAAGAAAAUUUCCGGGAACUGAAAAGACUGUUAGUGGUUACCAGCCAUUUUCUGCUACACAUCCAGAGGAUCUAGAAGCAGAUAACAGACCUAAAGUUAAGAAUCUAUAUGAAAGUUUUGUCACUGCUAGAGACAGAGAAGAGAGAGGCAGACCAGAUAAGCCAAGGCAGGGAAAUACCAUAUUUGUUGCAGGUCAUAAAAUAACAGAAGAUUAUCUUCGGAAAGAAUUCCAGCGUUAUGGCAAUAUUGUCAAUGUCACAAUGGAAAUCGAAAAGAACCGUGGUUUUGUAACUUUUGACAAGAUGGAAGCAGCUGCAGAUGCUAUUAGUGAGACUGAUGGAUCCAUCGUAUCUGGCAUACAGUUAAAAGUUUCUUUGGCUAGGAGGCAGCCUGUCAUACAGCCCAUUAAUGAUGCGUCAUCAUCAUCGGCAUGGUCUACAAUAGCUGCCAGCCAUUCCCAGAAAGGAAGCCAUAAGGACAAACGAGAAAUAGUUACGUACGAUGAUGACGACAUAUUUGGAUGAAUACUUCUUCCAUGAGACAUUGUAUGCUAAUGCUGACUUAUGUGUAUUAACUGAGAAUUUUAUUGCUGUGAAUUGUGUAAAUUUCAAACUUUUUGAUAUGUUUUAAAUUGCCUACAGGAAACUGUGAUUGUUUAAGUUGUACAGUCAUAUGUCAUUUUGAAAUCUUAUAAAAUUUUAUUAAACUGA